AUGUCGCGCCAGCCAAGAGCACGCCCAUUACCAUCGCCGUCCCAGCCCCCAACAAGCCCAACGCCUGUCAGGUUCAUGCGCCAGCGAGGCUUCUACAAACGGGACCUCGCCUUCGUUGUGUAUCUCUCUGUGAGCUGCGCACUCUGUACGGCGCAGCAUUCCGGGCGCGGAUGCAAGAUCCUGGAUGUGGGCACCGGCACCGGCGUGCUAGCUCUCAUGAUGGCGCAGAAGACUACAGCAGUGGCAGCAGCGGCGGCGCCGGCAGCAUCUGCCUUUCUCGCAGCCGAUGCAACUGCCGGCAUCGGGCCGCCAAUGGCAGCCGCCGCAGGAGAUUGUCAGCUGAGCGGUGACUACAGCCAAAGCGGCUGUAGCAGUGGCGAUGGCAGCAGCAGCAAUAAACGCGGCGAUGGGAACGCCGGUAGCGUGCGCAUCGUCGCGAUUGAUGUGGACGCGGACGCAUGUGCUCAGGCGGCAGAGAACGUGGUGCUGAGUCCCUGGGCGGACCGGAUUCGUGUAGUCCACUGCAGUUUGCAACAGCUGGUAGCAGCAGCCGCGGCAGCAGCAGCGGCGCGGCCGCCGCCACAGGCCCCGCCGAAGGGGACGGUGGCUGCAGUGACAACACCCGUGGCGGCGGCGGCAACGUCAGCUCCCCAGUCAAUAGAGAGUACGGCUGCGAGGAGCUGCGGAAACCUGUUUGUAGAAGAGGGGAGAGAAGGAAAGGAGCCGAAUGAGCCGGGAGAAGCUUCUUUCCAGCAUCAAGCAGAAUUCCCUGCCGUAGAGGACUUGGGUCCUUUCGAUCUGAUCAUUACCAAUCCUCCGUACUUUGUCGAGAGCAGCAAGCCAGCGGCGGGUCGGGCCUCCGCUCGUGCUGCCGCGCGACACGCUGACGUGUCACUGCCCUUCAGUGACCUGGCCGCUGGCUGCGCCGCGCUGCUGGCGCCCGGCGGCAGCGUGUGUGUCGUACUGCCGCCGACGGAGGCGCAGCAGUUUGUGUGUGCCGCCGAGCCGUGCGGGCUCCAGCUGGUAGACCUGGUUCGUGUAUUCACGGCGCCUGAGGACGCCACGGAGCGGCGGCACUUGAUGAGGUUGCAACGAGCGGCUGACCUGCGAUGCAGUCUUCCCACAGUCUCCGAAACUGGCACACCUUCAUCCGGCUUCCCCGCUGCAUCCACGUCCACGCUGGUGAUCAACGGGCCCAAGCAGCCUUACGUGCUACCACCGCCACCACCACCGCCAUCGCCAUUGCAAGAUCUGGCUGCGCGAAGUGAACUGCUUAACGAGCGGCCACCCUUACAGGCGCGGCAGCAGCAACAGCUCCGGGAGGACCCCCGAGCCCCCGACCACCAGGUGCCUGAGCGGGUACCGGCUGAGGCCACGGAGGAAGUCGGCAGGAGCCGGCGGCGGCGUGCCGCACCGCCUCGCGCCAUGACAGGCCCCUCGCGGCGACUGUUCACGGACGCCUACCUAGCCCUCACCGCGGACUUCCACCACCCAGCCUUCCUGCAGCAAAUGAUGAACCCGGCACAAGCAGUAGGGGCGGAGGUACGGGCGGAGGCAGCGCCCAAUGCAGCGGCUACUGCUGCCGACCGUAUUGGUGCCACGUUCAGCACCACAUCAUGCAUCAGUACCGGCACACCUACCCACGCCGACGCCAACGUCGGCUUCAUCGCGACCGCCGCAGCUUCAUCCUAG